AUGGUAGCGACUGAAAUAAGAAGAUAUUCGCGAGUUAUCAAGGGUAUUCUUGAAAGCAUACAGGAUGCCGAACCUCUUCUAGCUGAAAAGCGCCACGGGCGGAUCAAACAGGCCGUCUUGGAUGCGCAUGCAACAGAACUUCAAAUGUUUACCGCUGAGUACGGAGAAAAAGCUGGGCAGUUCUGCACACAACUUUGUCAAGGCCCGUUAUUCAAUCAAAUAUCAGGCGAAACCCUGGAAGGAGUUUCACAACAAACCCAAAUUAUAGCAGUUAUGAUCACAACUUCGGCAAGCGAAAACGAUCCAAUGGAAGAUAACAUGUCUACAGCUAGUGAAGAGAGCUGUGCGGUAAGAAUACCAGAUACUGAACCGGAAACGGAACGAUUAAAAGAGGACAUAUCCACCAAUGGAAAGGAGAAGUGGAGGCUCGUUGUAUCACCUUCUUCCGGAAGCGACAACACUCUCACGCCCACGGACGAGGGAGAGAUGAUGUAUAGCCUUCCUGGAACACUUAACCUCAUCCAGCCGAGACAUUAG